UCUAAUGGGCUUAAGUUCUGUUUACAUGUAGAAGACAUUGUCACGAGUUGGCGGGUUGAAUAUUAAUCACUUCAUUACGAAAUCGACGAAAAACCUAGUACAUUCUAAUCUAAAUAUGACUCUGAGAUGACCGCUAGAGUAUUUGGAAAUGGCAAGGUUUUACACUGUGAUUAAUUUCUCUGUAUUGUUGACUUAUUUCGCUGCUGACCUGUUAUGGAAUUUUGGAUUUCUGGGAAUUCAUGCCACUGUUGGCAAUGGUACAGAAGGUUCUUGUCAGGCCUGUCCAGUAGGAACAAUUGGAAAUACUAGUGACCCAGACUGUCACAGUUGUAACAUAAGUGGUCAGUGCCAAGAUCCUUCGUCAAAUUGUGUCCUGUGUCCUGCAGGCCACCACCAAAAUUUAACAGGACAAACAGUUUGCUAUGAAUGCGAGAAAGGCAAAUAUCAAGACAAAGCUGGAAAAGCAACAUGUAUUCCUUGCCCUUUGGGAUACUUUCAGAACAAGAGAGGACAAACAUCUUGCCUCAAGUGUGAGAAAGGCCACUACCAGAACGCAACUGGAGAAACAACUUGCAAGUUAUGUCAGAAAGGAAGCUUCUCUAGCUCAGAUGGGAGUAACAUGUGUAUGCAAUGUGGCAAUGGGAAAUACUGCAACACCACGGGCUGUACCAAGUGUUUUGGUUGCCCACCUGGCCAAGAGGCAGAUCGUAUGGGUGCACAAAAUUGUACAUAUUGUCAAAAAGGUUCAUUCAAACCCUCUUCAGGCUCUGAGGUGUGCCAUUCUUGUCAAGAUGGAUGGUAUCAAUUAAAAACUGGACAGACAUCUUGUCUAGAGUGCCCAGAAGGACAUUACUGCCCUUGGCCAAACUCAGAACCAGUGCCAUGUGAGAAGGAGCAGAUUUGUCCUCCAGGCAGUAGUGCACCAAAAGAAGACUGUAAAGGGUUGAUGACUUUAAAUAAUGAAACUGAGGAAUGUGAAAUGAGCUCAAUUGUUUAUGCUCUUAUCGCUGUUUCACUAGCAGUGGUUGUGGCAGCUAUUGGUUUUGUGAUACUCCGAAAAUACAGAAGAAAUAACGAAACAAGACAGCGAUUGCUAGAGAGACAACACCCAGUUUACACUGGUUGGUGAAUAUGGAAAUUCACAGCACGACAAGAAAGAUCGUUCUGCUCAAUGGUUGAAUUACUUGCCUACUGUACACUUUGUAGCUUGGGAAUGGGUAACGUAGCUAGGGAAGCUCCUCGGAGUAUUAAUGAAUAACCCUCCCUACAGAGCGCCAGUUAAUAAAGAAAACCCCGUUAGUUUAUCCUAAAGUUUUCCCUUUAGAGGUUUAUUAGCACGAGUAACAAUUUACAUGUAAUAAGGUUUAUAUUUUGGAUGUUGAUUUAAGUCAGCACUAUGGCAACAUCAUAUCUAAUGACAGACAUUUGAAUCGUUGGCCUAAAUCCAUGUACCUUAUUAUUUUAAUGUUGCCUUAAAUUUUUAAAAUGCGAAUAGCAGCGAAAGACGAGUUUAUUUAGUUCCAAGUACAUGAUCAUAUACUUGUAUGCGCGUGGUGUUAAAACUCCGUGGAGCCUCCUUAACUCGAGUGUCAUUAAAAUAGGCAGAUGACUUAUUAUGAAUAAUGCUUUGUAUGAAUUUAAGUUAAGUGAUGACGUUGAGGAGAAUUUUAUCAUUGUAACGAUUCUUGCAAUGAUGUUCUUAUUACACACGCAUUUCCUCACAGAGAAAAGGAAAAAAAAUGAAAUGAAUUAGCUUUUCGUAAAAUAUUUUUUGACGUUGUGUAAAUUCCACUGACAUGUCAUCAACACUGCCUUUGACUAUAGUUGCCUUCUUGUUUAGUAGCAGAGAAAUUUGAAUCUCAGCGGUUAGGUCUUUCGGAAAUGAACAACCCGGUCAAAACGGAGGUUUAUGUGAACGCCCACCGCACUAUUUUUGUAUUUUGAGAGGAGAUAGCUGGACACUCAUUAUGCGCAUGUCCAAGGAUGUAGUCAAGUAUUUUGAGAAAAGGUAGCUAGACACUCGUUAUGCGCAUGCCCAAGUCCAGUUUUUCGUAAACAGAAAACAUUUUAUCGUGCUCUGGUGUGAACAGAAAGAUUAGUGGAGUGAAAGUACGUUUUCGAUUUCUCCAUCCUUGCAUGGCCGGUCCAUCGUCCGCAGAAAAAACGGUCUUCCUCGUUUUCACUUGAAAACCUCUACGGACAGUCUUUGUCGAGAAAGAAAUUUAUGUAACAGUUACCGUAGCAGUUUUAAAGUGACCUAGGGACGGACACAUGAUUUAAAGUAUUGUUGACAAAUAUUUAUUUUUGAUAGCAACUUUGUGGGUGUAUUGUAAGCAAUGAAGAGAUUCGCGCAUUUUGUUGAACAGAAUUAUUCCCUUCCAUCCAUAUUACUUCCCCCCUCAUUUACAUCAUCGUCUGUAAUUGUUUAGUCAUCGAAUACCACGAACAGAUAAGUAAGCAUCAGUUUUCUCUCUCAUUAAAAAUUUUUAGGUCAGAUUUUAAGAUAUCUUUCGAUCCAUGUCAGUGUCUGAGCAACGACACACCUACCCCUCCCUUAACUUAACAUCAGUCAACUGACAACAAGUUAAGGUUAGUGUUGGAUUAUGGGAAGGGUGGGUGCGCAGUUCCUCACUCACCUCCCGGACAUGAUCUAUAUUUUCAGUGUGGGGCGUUUUUCUAAAUAUGGCAGGUCCGUUUACAAUUCGCUCUGUGGGAAGUAAAUAGGAGUUUAUGUUGUUAAGAUGUUUUGUUUUCCAAUAAAUUUUGCGCCUCUGCGUGAUAGAA